AUGGCCUGCGAGGCGAGUGAGUUAUUACCGCCUCUACAUCAGGUAGGCGCCAUUCCUGUCGAGCGGAUUGUGAAAUCAUCGAAACCUCAUUUUUAUUUACGACUGUUUAGCGCACUAUUACUAUCUAUCUAUCUAUCUAUCUAUCUAUCUAUUCUAGACUAUUACUAUCUAUCUAUCUAUCUCUUUAAGUCUCUUGAGCCCUAUUUUUUAUAUCUAUCUAUCUAUCUAUCUAUCUAUCUAUCUAUUCUAGACUAUUACUAUCUAUCUAUCAAUCUAUUUAAGUCUCUAUCCUAUUUUAUCUAUAUCUAUCUAUCUAUCUAUCUAUCUAUCUAUCUAUCUAUCUAUCUAUCUAUCUAUCUAUCUAUUCUAGACUAUUACUAUCUAUCUAUCUAUUUAAGUCUGUUCAUAUAUCUUGAGCCCUAUUUUUUAUAUCUAUCUAUCUAUCUAUCUAUCUAUCUAUCUAUCUAUCUAUCUAUUCUAGACUAUUACUAUCUAUCUAUCUAUCUAUUUAAGUCUGUUCAUAUAUGUCCCUCAAUCAUUCUUACCCUAUUUUUUAUAUCUAUCUAUCUAUCUAUCUAUCUAUCUAUCUAUCUAUCUAUCUAUCUAUCUAUUCUAGACUAUUACUAUCUAUCUAUCUAUCUAUCUAUCUAUCUAUUUAAGUCUGUUCAUAUAUGUCCCUCAAUCAUUCUUACCCUAUUUUUUAUAUCUAUCUAUCUAUCUAUCUAUCUAUCUAUCUAUCUAUCUAUCUAUCUAUCUAUUCUAGACUAUUACUAUCUAUCUAUCUAUCUCUUUAAGUCUGUUCAUAUAUGUCCCUCAAUCAUUCUUAGUCUAUUAAUAUAUGUCUACACAAUACAGCUUGAGCCCUAUUUUUUAUAUCUAUCUAUCUAUCUAUCUAUCUAUCUAUCUAUCUAUCUAUCUAUCUAUCUAUCUAUUCUAGACUAUUACUAUCUAUCUAUCUAUCUAUUUAACUUGAGCCCUAUUUUUUAUAUCUAUCUAUCUAUCUAUCUACCUAUCUAUCUAUCUAUCUAUCUAUCUAUCUAUCUUUCUUUCUUUCUUUCUUUCUUUCUUAUUCAAUUAAUAUGUAUUUUCUCUGAUUCUUUUAAUCUCUAUUUGAAUCUAUACACAUCUAUCAGUUUAUUUUUUAUAAGAUCUCUCACUCUCACUCUCUCUCUCUCUCUCUCUCUCUCUCUCUCUCUCUCUCUCUCUCUCUCUCUCACACACACACACUAUCCUCCUCUCUCUCUCUCUCUCUCUCUCACCCCCUCUACAAACGCUCUGUUCAUCUAUCUAUCUAUCUAUCUAUCUAUCUAUCUAUCUCAGUCUGUUCAUAUCUAUCUAUCUAUCUAUCUAUCUAUCCCAGUCUGUCCAUAUCUAUCUAUCUCAGUCUCUUCAUAUCUAUCUAUCUAUCUAUCUAUCUAUCUAUCUAUCUAUCUAUCUAUCCGCCAUAUCAAUCCAUUGUAA